AUGGCUUCGUUACUAGGCGCGGGUUACGAUUCCAGCGACGAUGACUCGACGCCCCAGGUCCAGGGUGCUGCCCCCUCGGCGACUAAAAUUGUCGCUGCUCCAGAAGUGAACACAGAGGACCAGGCGCACCUGCAGAUGAUGCUGGCUAACACCUCAUCAACGGCUCUCACCUACAACGCGACCUAUGACGACCUCGCGCGGCCUACGCAAGGUCCCUCCAACCCUUUCAAACCCGACGGGCCUGCCAACGGCCUCAAGCGUAAAAACGUACCGACGGGAUUCGCCGAGGAGGCCGCCAUCAGCGAGGCUACCUUUGCGGCGCAACAUCGCACGUUCCAGAGUCUAGGAUACUCGCGCAACCCGACGCUCCCCGAGCAGUUCGUCGGCAAUCUCGAUCAGGCCGCACAGUAUGGCGGUCGGGAUGUCAUUCAGAUGAAACCGUCCAAGGAGACGUCGGCCGCGCUCCGAGCGAAGCGACAAAAGAAGGGCGAUCCGAGCAUCGUCGAGGGCGCGGGCGCAUAUCUCGGACCGUGGGCGAAAUACCAGGAUGAUGAUCACGUGUACGAAGAGGAGGUCGCUCUGGCGGACCAGGAACUCGCCAGCGACGAGGAAUACGUGGAGGAGGAGAUCGCGCCGUCGAACAUGCCGGCCAUGAGCAAGGAGGCGACGGAUUACCAGGACGAUUCGUCCCGGGUGGAAACGACCGAGUUCCACGGCACCGAGCAAUUCGACUACAUGGGCCGCACGUAUAUGCACGUCCCGCAGGAUCUGGAUAUCGACUUGAAGAAGGACGUGGGCAGCAUCAAGAACUACGUGCCCAAGAAACUCAUCCACACCUGGAAAUCCCACACCAAGGCCAUCACGUCGCUGCGGUUCAUCCCCAACUCCGGGCACUUGCUUUUGUCGGCCGCGGCGGACGGCAAGGCGAAGAUCUGGGACGUGUAUCACCAGCGCGAGCUUCUGCGCACCUUCUCGGGCCACAGCAAGGCCAUCACCGACACCGACUUUCACCCGACAGGGAAGACCUUCCUCACGGCCUCCUACGACCGCCAGAUCAAGCUCUGGGACACGGAGUACGGAAAAUGCCUGGGCCGCUUCUCGACAGGCAAGACGCCGCACGUCGUCCGCUUCAACCCCAACCCAGAUCUCUCGCACGAGUUCCUGGCCGGUAUGUCCGACAAGAAAAUCGUGCAAUUCGACACGCGCUCGGGCGAACUGGUCCAAGAAUACGACCACCACCUGGCGGCCAUCAACACUAUCACCUUCGUCGACGAAAACCGGCGGUUCAUCUCCACCUCGGACGACAAGUCCCUACGCGCCUGGGAAUACGGCAUCCCGGUGCCCAUCAAGUUCAUCGCCGAACCCUACAUGUUCGCGCUCACACGUGCCACCCCGCACCCGAAUGGCAAGUACGUCGCCUUCCAGUCUGGCGACAAUCAGAUCGUCGUGUACGGCGCGACCGACAAGUUCCGCCAGAACCGCAAGAAGAGCUUCCGCGGCCACAACAACGCCGGCUACGCCAUCGACCUCAAGAUCUCGCCCGACGGCCAGUUCAUCUCCUCCGGCGACAGCGGCGGCUACGUCUGCUUCUGGGACUGGAAGACCGGCAAGAUGUAUCAUAAGAUCAUGGCGGGAGGUAAGGAGGGCGGCGCGACGACUUGUUUGGAUUGGCAUCCUCAGGAAACUAGUAAGGUGGUGACGGGUGGAUUGGAUGGGUUGAUUAAAUAUUGGGAUUAA